AUGGGCAAGUCCGAACGGAACGAAUGGGUUUGGCAGCAAGGCGUGACCCGAAGCCCACAGUCCAGGCAAUUUGACCUGCUGGACGUACCCAGAACAGAACUAAGCGCCGACAAAAAGGAACUAAGCGCCGACAAAAAGGAACUAAGCGCCGACAAAAAGGAACUAAGCACCGACAAAAAGGAACUAAGCGCCGACAAGAAGGAACUAAGCGCCGACAAAAAGGAACUAAGCGCCGACAAAAAGGAACUAAGCGCCGACAAAAAGGAACUAAGCACCGACAAAAAGGAACUAAGCGCCGACAAGAAGGGUCAAUCGGUGGCGGGAGUCAAUCUUUAA